AUGCCUGAUACAGCAAUAGUAGAUGAAGAAGUGGACGUGAAGGUACAUUUGGAAACAGACCUGAAUGAAUGCAUGGUGGUUAAAGCUCAACUAAGAAGCACUAUUCCCACAGACACUUCUUUUAAUGUGAAACAGACAGUCUGCCUUUGCCCUGAUAACGCAAGAAACUUAUAUUGGAGCUUCACUGCUUCUGAGUCCAUGUAUGUAAUAGCUUAUGUUGAUGCUGUUUCUGAGACUGGCAUCUGCCCUUAUGAUAGGGCAGUGAAACCAAUUUGGGGAGCAUCCAAUAGUGCGGUACAAAAAAUAACUGUAACUCAGUAG